GUUCCAGCUUUCCCAGCAUGCUCAGGACCACCCAGCUGAAUGAAGUUGCGCGGGUUCGUCACACUUGCACGCAUUUCCUCGUGCGUUCUGACGACGAAGGGCCUCAAACCGAGCCAUUUCUGCGUCCUAAGAAGGUGUUAUUCUUCAGACAUGGACUUGAUAACACAGGCUAAGCAGUCAGCGGCGUUCCAGGCCAUAGACAACCACGUCAAGAACGGCCAGGCUCUGGGGAUAGGAUCGGGGUCUACGAUAGUGUUUGCUAUUAACAGACUAGCGGAGAGGGUACAAGAGGAAAACCUGAAUGUUGUUUGUGUGCCAACAUCAUUCCAGUCUAAGCAGCUGCUGACAGAGAAAGGCCUGACGGUGUCUGACUUGGAGCGCACACCUUCGCUUGAUGUUGCCAUAGACGGAGCUGACGAGGUCGACAAAGAUCUCAACCUCAUCAAAGGGGGAGGUGCUGCCUGCACACAGGAGAAGAUUGUUGCUUCCUGUGCCAAGUACUUCGUAGUGAUCGCAGAUCACAGGAAGGACUCCAAAUUGCUGGGAGAGCAGUGGAAGAAGGGAGUUCCCAUUGAGGUGAUCCCCAUGGGUUACGUGCCUGUCAUCAGGGCCAUCGAGAAGAAACUGGGAGGGAAGGCUGUGCUCAGGAUGGGAGCUAACAAGGCUGGACCUGUUGUAACAGACAACGGAAACUUCAUUCUGGACUGGAAGUUUGAUGAGACGAAAGACUGGAAGAAAGUUAACAUGGAAAUCAGUAUGAUCCCUGGUGUGGUUGAGACUGGUUUGUUCAUCGACAUGGCACAGCGAGCAUACUUUGGAAUGCCUGACGGAUCAGUCACCUUCAGGGAAAAACUGUCCAGAAACGGAACUCCGGAGAGCGAUGAGAGCGAAAAAUAGCGACGGUCCGAACAGUCCAUGUCGAAUUGUAGAUGUUAGUGGAAUUAGAGGGAGAUAGGUCCUACAUUUGUAAACUAAAUACACAUAUUUUUGCUAU